UAUUUGCUGUCCGAAGUGAUUUGAACAAACUUCACAAAAAAUUACAUUUGAAAAACAUUUCAACUUGGCCUCUUCAAAAUUUCGUUAGAGUUGUAUAAAAAAAUUUAUUGCCUAGAUUUUUUACCAAAAACAAAGAAUGUCCAACUUAAUUCGCAAAAUUCUUAACCAAACCAAAGACAUUACAAAUUGGAAAUUUUUGAUUAAGAACAAUUUCAACUUGGCGAAUGUAAUGGGCAAUAGUCUAGAUCUGAAGCUGGAGGAGCUGCGUUUGGAACGCUCUCAGCUGGAGGCACGCGCUAAGACGCUGAUGCAGAAGCAAAGAUCCGCGGAGUCCAUGUUGACGGACUUGACGCGCAACAUAAAGCAAAUGGAAUUCGACAUUGUUCAGAUGGAGAAAGAGAAGACGCAAAUGAUUGCACCUGAGGAAGCGGAAUCACAACAAGCGUCAAACAGUCAACAGAAGGGAUAGAGACAGAGCAAGCGAAUGAAAGAGCAAGCAAAAUAGUCGGGGAUGUUCUCAUUUGUUAUCAGUGACACAAAUGAUCUUUGUUUUACAAAA